AUGUGCUCGGAAUUACGACAAGUGACGUUGCCAAUGGGACUAGACCGCAAGCUAUUUGAAGAGAAAACGUACAGGAGUGCGAUGGAGGAAAUCACGAGCACAGAGAUGAUCUGGGUUGAAAGGUGCUGCCGCCAAGUGCAACGGGUGCGGGGAACAUGGGGCCCCGCUCCGGGACCGUCAACCGCCCUUGGUGCCAUCGGCUAUAUCAGUACCGGCGGUUCCGUGAAGGACAUCAUACUGGACGGGGAUGAGGGUGUGAAGGAGGCUGAUAUAACACCGUACGGCGAGGUGCAGAUCACGCCUGUUUUGGGAGGGCCCGGGAGGGGCAUGCGAGGCGUUGGCCGUGCGAUGUUCCCUCGCACUCCUGCUCCCAACGGCCACCCGCACGCUGCGCUCUCUCUGCGCGGGACGGGGCUUGUCUGCUCGCCAGCCUCGCCCCGGCUCUCUGAUCUCUGCCAUCGACGGUCUCCCGCAGCGGGCAGAACCGGGUCUGCCUCUGUUCGCCUGCAGUCGCGUGACGCAAUUAUCGCCUUUUUUGGAAAGAGCACACUCAUGCUGGAUGCAGCGAUCGCUCCGCUGGGCUCUUAUAAGACCCCCUCUCCACUUCCAACUCCCUCAUCCGCCCCUCCCGCGUUUUCCCACUUGUUUCGCCUCUGCAUCCAGCUUCUCAACCAGCCCAUACCCCAAUUUUGCCCAUCUGCAACCGUGCCUUCGCCGAGGCGGUCUGUCGCGGAGCAGCGCGCUAUGCCUCUGGCGAUCUUCCGGUUCAAGCUUCCAGGGCGUCGUCCUUCGCGUUGGGCCGUUUCCGUCUGUCGCGGCGCUCGUCCAGCAUGCAGACAUGCUGUGAGGCGAUGUACGCCCUGGCGGGCAUGCACCUUUCGUGGAGGUCGCUCGCUCGUGUCUCCCUCCCCAUCGAUGCGUUCGUUGCACGGCCCGGAAGCCCAUAAAUCUUCCUGGGGCCUCCAUGAUAGAUCGCCUAUCAAAUUGCUGUGCGGCUUUUUGCCCCUACCGAAGGUAUUUGCCCCUCCUCCGUACCUCGCACUGACCCGGGUUUGCCCGCUGGUCCUUGGCCUGUGUUAUCGAACACUGGGCAGUGGUGCAUGUAUGCAACCUGCCUCAGUCGACGGGCACAUCGACAUGACGGGCGGUACCUACCGCACCUGUUAUGGAUCUCCUGGAGCCUGCCCCCUCGCGACGUUCACGGGCCAGGAUGUUGCGAGUGGAGCAUGCAUGCACCCUCGGGUCUCGUCGCGGAACACCUCCUCAGCCACA